AUGUUGGUGAUGGCUUCACCCAUAAGUACUCUCCAUGUUCUUUCCUUAUCCGAUCCUUCUCCCCCAUACAAACUUGUUCAAAAUCAUCCCUCGCUAACUCUACUUUCCAACUGCAAAACCCUCCAAACUCUCAAACAAAUCCACUCCCAAAUCAUCAAAGCUGGCCUCCACAACACCCAUUUUGCACUUAGCAAGCUCAUCGAGUUUUGCGCUGUUUCUCCAUACGGCGACCUCCCUUACGCUCUCUCGCUCUUCAAAACCAUUCAAAACCCCAAUCAUGUAAUUUGGAAUCAUAUGAUCAGGGGUCUCUCAUUGAGUGAAUCCCCCAUUUUAGCUUUAGAAUACUAUAUGCAUAUGAUUAGUUCCGGUACGCAGCCAAAUGAAUAUACGUUUCCUUCUAUUUUGAAGACAUGCGCGAAAAUUAGAGGUUCCUUUGAAGGGAAACAGGUCCAUGCACAUAUGUUGAAGCUUGGACUUGAACGUAAUCCCUUUGUACAUACUUCGUUGAUUAACAUGUAUGCUCAAAAUGGUGAUUUGGUUGAUUCGAGAUUGGUGUUUGAUAAAAGUGAUAUGAGAGAUGCUGUUUCUUUUACAGCUUUGAUUACUGGGUAUGCUUCGAAGGGUUUUUUGGAUGAAGCUCGAGAUCUGUUUGAUGAAAUUCCUGUCAGAGAUGUUGUGUCGUGGAAUGCUAUGAUUUCUGGGUAUGCUCAGAGCGGUCGAGUUGAAGAGGCAAUAGCAUUUUUUGAAGAGAUGCUUAGAGCAAAGGUUACACCUAAUGUGAGCACAAUGCUUAGUAUCCUUUCAGCUUGCGCUCGGUCAGGAUCUUCUCUUCAACUGGGCAAUUGGGUUCGGUCUUGGAUUGAGGAUCAUGGACUUGCAUCGAAUCUUAGACUUGUAAACGGACUCAUUGAUAUGUAUAUUAAAUGUGGAGAUUUGGAAGAAGCCAGCAAUCUGUUUGAGGGAAUGCAACAUAAGAAUGUGGUCUCCUGGAAUGUUAUGAUUGGUGGCUAUACUCAUUUGAACUGUUAUAAGGAAGCCUUGGGGCUUUUUAGGCGAAUGCUGCAAUCAAAUAUAGAUCCUAAUGAUGUCACCUUCUUGAGCAUUCUUCCGGCUUGUGCUAACUUGGGUGCGCUUGAUCUUGGCAAAUGGGUUCAUGCUUAUGUAGACAAGAAUAUGAAGAAUAUGACCAAUACUGUUGCCCUUUGGACAAGCCUCAUUGACAUGUAUGCAAAAUGUGGUGAUAUAGAGGUAGCUAAACGAAUCUUUGAUGGCACGAAAAGUAAAAGCUUGGCAACUUGGAAUGCUAUGAUAUCUGGUUUUGCCAUGCACGGGCACACAGAUAUGGCUCUUGGACUUUUCUCAAGAAUGACUAAUGAGGGGUUUGUACCAGAUGACAUCACUUUUGUUGGCGUGCUGUCAGCUUGUAAGCAUGCUGGUUUUCUAAGUCUUGGGCGCAGGUAUUUUACUUCAAUGAUCCAAGAUUACAAGGUUUCUCCAAAGUUGCCACACUAUGGAUGCAUGAUAGAUCUUCUAGGUCGAGCUGGGUUGUUUGAUGAAGCAGAAACCUUGAUGAAGAAUAUGGAAAUGAAGCCAGAUGGGGCCAUUUGGUGCUCUUUGCUUGGUGCUUGUAGAAUUCACAGACGCGCUGAGUUGGCUGAAUUUGUCGCCAAGCAACUUUUUGAACUAGAGCCUGAAAACCCUAGUGCUUAUGUGCUCUUGUCAAACAUCUAUGCAGGAUCUGGUAGAUGGGAGGAUGUAGCAAAAAUAAGAACUAGGCUAAAUGAUAACAGAAUGAAGAAAGUUCCUGGCUGUAGUUCUAUCGAGGUAGACAGUGUGGUCCACGAGUUUCUUGUUGGUGACAAGGUACAUCCUCAGAGCAGUGAAAUCUACCAGAUGUUGGAUGAAAUCGAUGUGCGUUUGGAGAAGGCUGGUUUUGUACCAGAUACAUCAGAGGUGCUUUAUGACAUGGAUGAGGAAUGGAAAGAAGGGGUCUUGAGUCAUCACAGUGAAAAGUUGGCCAUUGCUUUUGGUUUGAUCAGUACAGAGCCAGGGACAACAAUAAGAAUAAUGAAGAAUCUUCGUGUAUGUGGAAACUGUCAUUCUGCCACCAAAUUAAUAUCAAAGAUCUUCAAGAGAGAAAUUAUUGCUAGAGAUAGAAAUCGUUUCCACCACUUCAAAGAUGGUUCUUGCUCAUGUAAGGACUACUGGUGA